AUGGAAGAGCUGCAUCUUGACGCCAUUUUACUUAGAAUAGAUGGCUAUGAGCGAAAAUGUCGGGGAGGGAAUGAUCAGAGCAAGUACCAAAAUCUCGAACGCUUCCGUGUGCGCGAGUCUCUGAGACUUUCUUGUUUUCUAGCUGUGCUCAUAGUCCGCCUAUACAGCUACUGCGCAAGUAGAUUCCGGAGGGAAUUCCAAACCUGCCUCUCACAGGAAGCUCCUUUCGGGGCAGUGUGGUAUUGGCAGAGAUAUGGGAAACGUGUAGGCGACAUCGUCUUUUGUGGCCUCUCCCAUCCAAUUUCCCUCGAUAAUGACAUCAUGGUCUCCCCCUCUUGCAUCAAAGCCAGUGAAGCACCCAAUGUACUGUGUCUCGACGUGCUUCUUCGCAAUCCUGACGAGCCCUUGCGCCAACCGAUUGUGAGCAUGGUUCCGCCGCCACGUAGGAGGUGGGAUGAGAAUCAUGUCUUUGUGAAAAACGUUCCGCAAUAUCUAGCGAAAGUCACGAUCCCGCAAUUGUUUGAAGAGUACAAUCUUACCAGCACGAAGAACAAUUAUCCGGCAGGACAAAUUACGACUAUGGUCUUUGGGUUUCGGAACCGGGACGACGCACGGCGCGCUCAAGAAGCGCACCAUAAUCGAUUAAUCGACGGCGUGCAACUUCAUGUGGAAUUGUACCAGGACAGAAAGUCAGUAAGAUAUCUUAGAGAGACGGCCGACCAAAAGCGCUUGCUCGGGACCACGGAUAAGGAAUUUCCUUCGAGGGAAAGGAGUCUGAAGCCCGCGAAGGAGGUGUCGUUGGCGGAGUUUGCAGGAGGACGAGAGCGGAAGAAAGUACAAGACCUCGUUACACAUCAACCAUCAGACCCUGAAUUCCAUUACCCAACAUGGGCGCGCAUAGUAGCGAACGCACACACUGAACCUCUGUCCACCGCGCCAGACUUCUCACCAGGAGGCGGCCGUGACACUCCGAUCACCAUCGACGACACACCGAUAAGGACACCGCAGGCCACACCUUCUCGAACGAAUAUGAAGCUCAUGAAUGAUGUGACAGUUGAAACGGAGACCGAAAUAAACAUGGACUUGGCAAACACACUUAAGACUGAGCCAGAAAUCCAGAUGACGCCCAAGGUCGAGACAGCGUCUGUCCUCAUGAGAAGCUUAUUAGAGCCACGAUCUGAUGCCGAGCCUCGCAAUACUCCCGGUAAAGGAAACGUCGGCCCAGAGAGCAGUAGCCAGAAUGAAAAUUUCAUAGCCGCCAUGGGACCUACAUCCAGCUAUAUACCCAAGACUCACAAGGAAUGGGAUCACAUGAUCACCACCGAGCAUAUACGUUGGAAGCAUCAGUGUGUCUGCUCGUUCUGUCAAAUGAGUCAGCGUCAAUUUGGAGUGGGCCUGGGCGAGUUUUGGAUACGCACACCAUGCUCUCGGCGGUUGGAUGAUAAGCAUCUUCUGACAACCUGUGAUGAGUGUGACCAUAUCAGCAAUGGAUGGAGGCUUGCUUCAGUGCGUGGUCAAUGGAUCAGAUAUACUCGGAGCUGCAAACCUGUGAAUAAGACUCGUAGUGGAUAUGGUAGUUCAGCUAUGCCGCAGCGUUCAUCGCACGAGGAGCUCGUGUUGUUACGUCAAGCAGAGAAAGGUAGAUGA